AUGCGUUCAAUAUUUCUUGCCGUCCUGGCAUCCAGUGUCGCCUCGCAGGUCUUUGAAGCUGUCGAUUUCAACGUCACCGAGGCUCUGAUUGCGCAAGGUGUGAACGUCUCAGCGUUACCUGAGUUAGCUACUCUGGUCGAGCGAUCGUCGGACCAGGCCUGUCACAUUGCUUGCACCUCGCUCAAUGUCCUUUACGGAAAUAAGACGGUCGAUUUUGAAGAUGAGACUGCGUACUCCUCCUUCACUGGAGGGUUCUGGUCCCAGAUAACCGCGAAUGUCAGGCCAUACUGCAUUUUCAGGCCGUCCAAGCCAUCUGCAGUAUCUGUAAUGGUCCUCUUAUCUCGCCUUUCGCAAUGUCCGUUUGCAGUGAAGAGUGGUGGACACUCCGCAUUUGCAGGCGGUGCAAGCAUCGAGGGCGGAAUUACAGUGUCGUUUGAGAACAUGAAGGGCAUCAAGCUUUCGUCAGACAAGAAGACCGUGGCCAUCCAACCCGGGAACACUUGGGGAGAUGCUCUCUCAGCUCUUUCCACAACAGGUGUGACUGUGACCGCCGGUCGUAUUGGAGACCUUGGCGUUGGUGGUGUUACUCUUGGCGGAGGAAUCUCUUUCCUCACGAAUGAGUAUGGUUUGGUAUGCGACAAUGUUGCCAGCUUCGAUGUCGUAACUGCUAGUGGAGUCAUUGUCACUGCAAGCUCGACUCAGAACUCAGAUUUGUUCUGGGCUCUUCGCGGUGGAGGAAAUAACUUUGGUAUCGUUACGAGCUUCAACAUAAACACUCACCCACUCGUGAACGAUCUGUUGUGGGGAGGAACACGCACUUUCACUGAGGAUGUCUUUCCGGAAGUAGUCACAGCCUGGAUAGACCUUACCCUUAACUCAGCUAAGGAUCCGAAAGCAGGAAGCUGGGUUGCCUGGCUGAAUCCUGGCAUCAAGCUCGCGUCGACAGAGCUCUGGUAUGGCGCGCCACUAGCCAGUGGAUCAGAUGCAGCAGCUCUUGCUCCCUUCUACAACAUCAGCGCUAUGUCCGAUACUACCAAGACAAGAGGCCACGCUGCUUAUGUCAUCGACAAUGAAGCAACCAAUACUUAUGGCUCGCGCGAAAUUUUCUACGAGGUCAGCGUCAAAGCCUCAUACAAAAUCGCUUCCCGUUCUGUCGACAUCUUUUACGACGCCAUUGGGGCCCUUUCUGGAGUUGACGGCGCUUUCCCUGCAUUGAUCUGGCAGCACAUCACCGAUGGUUCCCUCAAAGGCAGCGUCCGAAACGGAGGCAACGCAAUGGGUCUUGAUCCAGCCGAGGGACCAGUGCACAUCAUCCAGCUAUCAUGUUCGUGGAACAACGUCGCCGACGACGACAAGAUCUAUCAGGUCAUGUCAGACAUUAUGAAGCAGAUCAAGAAAGAGUCGAUAGAGCUGGGAGUAGAUACCGAUUGGGUGUACAUGAAUUACGCCAGCCAGUUCCAGGACGUGAUUGCCAGCUAUGGCGAGAGCAAGGCCAAGUUGAAGGCCAUUGCGAAGAAAUAUGAUCCUGUGGAGGUGUUCCAAAAGCUACAGCCAGGAUACUUCAAGCUAGAUCGCGCGCCGGUGCCAGAUGCGCGGUAUUUCUCUCAUUAAGGAGCUAGACUUGAUGGCGUAGAGUUACACAUCUGACGCGAUCAGUCGUGAUCAUGGACGGGGUUUGAGAAAAAAAGAAUCUUGCAAAAUGGAUGAUGAACCAUGAAUAAGCUGUCUGGCUGAACUAUAGAGCUGACGAUCAAUAUAUUGAGAUGGCACGGCU